CGACAAUCAUGACUGGAAAAGUAGAGCUAGGAUUCGUGGAGAAAGCCGAGUGUCCAGAGGAGCUCACCAGUCCCUACUUCCCAAGCAAAGUGGGAGGAAGACCUGCCUGGCUGGAUCCGACUCACCUGCCAACCUCGGAGCAAACGGCGUGCCGCGUGUGCGGUCUCCCGAGAACAUUUCUCCUUCAGGUGUACGCUCCUCUUGAAGACACACCUAGCGCCUUCCAUCGAACCUUCUUUCUGUUUAUGUGCCUCAACCCGUCCUGUCACCAGAAGAACAGUGCUCACGGGUUUAGCGUCUUUCGCUGUCAACUUCCUAAGACGAACUCGUUCUACGAGGACAGUGGAGAGGAAAGUUCAGGGGAUGAGUCAGCCAGCAUUGGGUCAGAGUCAACUGGUGCUACUAGUGAACCGAGAGUGGACAUAUUUAGUACCCAAACCUGUUUCAGCCCUAGUCAACCUGAAGCUGUUGAUGGCAGUACUGCAGUCAGUGAAUCAUUGAAACAGGGUCCUAGUACUGUAGUUGCAGAGCCCACUCCACUCUGUGUGGUGUGUGGCAGUGCAGGUCCCAAGAAGUGCAGUCGCUGUAGGACGGUUCACUACUGCUCCAGACACCACCAGACGCUCGACUGGAGAAACGGACACAAACUCUUCUGUUCAGACCUUGCCGGUGGCCGGUGCAAGCAACAGGACGUGACUUAUGACCCGAGCUACAGAGUGUGUCUACCAGAGUUUCUACUGGUGAUGGAGGAAGAGCCAGCCGCAGCAAUGGAGGAGGAGGAGGGAGUGGAUAGGGGGGAGGAGGACAGGAUGAGGGACUAUCACAAGUUUGUCAAGUCAGGCAAGUAUCACGAUCAUGAUGCCAGCAGGAGUGGGAAGAAACGAGUGGAGAGUGUGAUGGAAAAGGCUGAGAGUGGGACUAUGUCUGACAAGGUCUUCAGAGCUUUCAGGAGAAGAGUGUCUUUUGAACCUGAGCAGGUGAUUCGAUACCGAAGGGGUGGUGUUCCCCUACUGGUCUCAAGAGACGGUGCUCCUCAGGCUGCAGAUAUUCCUCCAUGUCUAUGUGGAGCUAAAAGGCAGUUUGAAUUCCAGGUGAUGCCUCAACUGUUGUACUACCUGAAGCUGGACACUGUGUCCGAGGCCAGUGUGGACUGGGGGACAGUCCUCAUCUACACCUGCUCCACCUCCUGCUUCAGUACAGGCUGCUGUGUGGAGUUUGCCUGGAAGCAAGACUUUAGUGCUUCUAAGUGACAAUAUGCAAGACUUUGUUGGCUUGUUUGCAUCCAUCAUACUUUAUGAGCAGAACCAGUGGCACAAUUUUGGAUGACUUCAGUUGUGGCAGUGGUGUAGCUAUCAUUCCUGUGCCUGCAUGCUGUUGGUAAAAUCAGAGCUGUAUCCAUUGGGUCCAGUGACUCUACCACCAGUGGAGUAUACAUAAAUCAGAACAAUAGAAGAGUUAGUGCUGUCAUGUGACCUUCAGCCCAUCAGAUCUUUCCAUUAUGUAUAUAACAUGAAAAACAUGUUUAUUGUU